AUGGCCGAAGCUGCUGACUUGCUGUCUGCGGUGCAGCGCUUCCAUCGGCUUUGGUUCCCCGACGCAGCGCAGCCAGAUGCGGUCCAGGGCUUUUGGUUCGGCGCCAAGCGGCCAAGGGACCGCAAGUUGUUCAGGUCCCUGCACGACCAGUUCUACGAGCCACUGCAAAGAGCGGAGCAGUUGUUUCAAGAGCGGGCGGAGGUGCUCUUGACACUUCCGGUGGGCUCGCAGCUAUUGGUGGCUAUCUUCUUGGAUCAGCAGUGCCGGAACGAGCGUGCCCUGCGGCCUCCGGAUGCUGAGCAAAUCGAGGCCAUGAUCACGAGCUGCUCGGCCUUCGCCCGGCAGCUCGCGGAGAGAGUCAUGUCGUGCGCAGGCAGCGCCGACAUCCAGCUUGCCACAGGCGCUUCGCGGGCGCAGCUUUGCUUCUUUACGCUGGUACUACGCCACACGCGACGCCUCCCAGACGUGCGCGCGGCACAGCGUCUCCUGGAGAGCCUGGCGCCUUGCGAGGUGGUCACCGCCUUUCGGCGCCACAACGGGGCGGUGCUGCAGCAGCUGGAGUCCCAGGCGUAUGUCGAGAAGGCUCUCCGGAGCCACCGGCCGCGGAAAGCCGUGGCGCCCGCGUGCGCGCCUUGCGAUAGGCAGUGCCUUGCGCCCAUGUGCCGUGAGGGAAUGGCGGAUGGCCUUGCUUGGCAGGACUCCUGGCCGAGCUUGGCAGCCCAUCCUCUAUGCCUGGAGCUGAAGCAGAGCCUGGAGCAGCGGAGUUUGGCAGAUCCUUCCUGUCACCUUGUGCUGUCCUACUCCGGGGGUGUCGAUAGUACCGCGCAUUUGUUGCUGCUGCUGGCGCUGAAGCGGCAGAGCAGACAGUUCCCAAACGUCUCCUGCCUUCUCUUGUGCUACCCCAACCGGGAGGCGGAAGAGGUUGAGGCCGAGAAGAUGUGGGCUGCGUGGGUGUGCCAGCAACUUGAGGCGGACUUGUUCAUGUACGAGGUGUGCCUGGCGCGUCCGCAUGCAGAGAACGGCGAAGAGGUCGGGGUGACGCGUGAGGAGUACGAACGCUGGACCAAAGAGAUCCGGUUCAGGAUGUACCGAUGCUUGCUUGAGGACUGCCCGGGGCGCUCUGCAGUGAUUCUGGGUCAUCAUCAGGAUGAUGUGGACGAAAACCGGCUAGAUCACUUGAUGAAGGGCCACGUGCUUGGGGAUGUGGAAGGUAUGUGGGCCUGGCGCGAGAUCCAUGGAGUCCAGCUUUUUCGACCGCUGCUUCACCGCCGCAAAGUGGACUUCACGAGGCUCCUUGAGGCAUAUCCCACCCCUCACUUCCGAGACUCCACGCCCGCGUGGUCGGUGCGUGGCGCCACGCGGAGAGCGCUGGACGGUCUGCGGCCGGCGGAGGGUGCGGAGCUGUCGGAGCUGCUGGGGAGCUGCGGGCGGCUCAGCAAGGAGGUGGGCCAGGAGGUGGACUCCUCGAUCGCAUUGUGGGCGCAGCACCACGUGGGAAAUCUGCAGCUGCCGAAGGGCGCCACGGGGGUGGCGAUACGCCUGCGCGAGCUCUUCCAGCUGCAGGUGGGCGCGCGCCUGGCGGAGGUGAAGCGCCUCAUUUCCCGGAUCCGGGAGCUGUGGAAUCCGCUGGCCGAGGCACCGGCGAUUUGCGCCAUUCCGGAGGCCCUGCCGGACAUCGAGGGCCUGCUCUUUGAGAAGGCCUUCUUUGCGGCAGCCGGCGGCACGCAAGGCUCCGAAAACUUGCUGGACACGAGGCGGGCGGGGCACUACCACAGCUCGAGCGGGUGCUCAGUGAACCGCCGCGCGGUGCGGCAUUUGUACGAGAACAUCAAGGCCUCGCAGAAGCCCCAGUUCAGCGGCGGGCUGACUCAGGAGUUGGGCUACUUGUACGUCUCUGAUUCGGAGGUCUUGGUCCUGUACGAUGCUUCGUCGCACCCGGACGCAGACUUCAAGACCAUGCGCUCCAGCAUUGUUGCGGCAGUGGCAGCGUGGGCAGAGAAAGGGGCGACCGUCGCCAGAACAGAAGUCUGUGGUCCAUUUGGUUGGGAAGAACAUAAGGGGAUUCCCUAA